GAAACUGAAAGUUAGAGGGCAUACUGCAUCUUUAGAAGUCGACAGCUGUCCGGACUCCAACCGCAUGACAUUCAUCGGUAAAACUCUCCAACUUCAACUAAAGAAAGGAAGUGCUUCUUGAAAAACCCUUGCUCUGUUUACCAUUUCCUUUACAGCUGCUAAAUCCAACAAAAGAAAUGGAGAAAACAAAGAGAAUGUCGUUGGGAGUUCAAAAGAAGACCAAACCCACCAAGCAAAACAAGAAGAAAUUCCUCAACAAUGUUUUAGACUGCCUCAACUCCGACUGUCACAUGUUUGCUCGUCUCAUUUCUCCUCCACUCUCGGUGAAAAUGAAAGAACCCAUUGAAGGAAACAAGAAGAGUUGUUAAAGACGGUUGGCAAAUAUAUGAAAUCUAACGCUUACAUGUACGCACCAUUGGUUUCUUCUCAGCUAAUGGGUUCCCUUCCUUCUGGACAAAUCCGGUGCAAUAGAAAGGUCACCCUAGAAGACUCAACAAGAAUGUUAAAUUUCAAGGAAAAUCAUCAAACUACUGAAUCAGCUACUGCGAUAGCAGUGAAGCAGCCGUGCAAAGACAUUUGCCCUGGGAUGAGCACUGCUGACCGUCAAACAGUAAGGCAUGGAGAGACGGUGAAGCACAUGGUUUACCAACACUGUUGCCCAUCGUCCGUGUCUGUCAGGAAAGGCAAUGGCGGAUUUGCAGCAAAGGAAGCCUGUUGUUGAGUAAAUCUACCAUCAUAUAUAUCGUUGUAAAAUGUUCAUGGUAUUUUGACAUCUGUAUAAUACAUAUGAGUAGAAUUUCUACUUGGUGUUUACUUAUACAUGUAGGAAUUCUUUAAUGGAGCUUGCAAUGGAUGAUCCAUUAACUUUUUUUUUAA